UCGUGAUCCACCCGCCUCUGCCUCCCAAAGUGCUGGGGUGACAGGUGUGAGCCACUGCACCCGGCAUUUUUUGUUUGUUUGUUUUUGUUUUUUUUUUAGAGAUGGGGGCCUUGCUCUGUUGUUUUUUAGUGACGAGGGUCUUGUGCCUCAGGUUGGGGUGCAGUGGUGUGAUCAUAGUUCACUGCAGUCUUGACCUCCUGGGCUCAAGUGAUCCUCCUGCCUCUGCCUCUGAGUAGCUGGGACUACAGAUAUGUGCCACCAUGCCUGGCUAAGGCAGUGUUGUUUGGAGGGGUUCCUUCCCGCCUGCAAAUACCUAGAAGUGCUGCCAGGGCCUGACCCUCUUUGACCUCUUCUUUAUGUGGCAGCAAUAGGUAGGAAAACAGAGGGCCUCUGAUGAGAAGUGGCUAGGAAAGUGUAUUUUCUCCUGGAAAUGGCAGGGGGAGCUUCAGGAAUCAGGUGCAUGAAGAUGGCUGGAAACAUAAACUGAGUUGGUUUUUAAUUGGGACAGGAUGCUGAAGCAGAUAAGCCUCCUUGAAAAUAAUGAUGAGAUCCAGAUGGGGAGGCACAGAGCAGGAGCCAACCUUCUCCCCACCUUCCCCUCCUCUGUGGCAGCAGAAAUCCUCUCUGGAGCAUGGACAGUCUCGGCUUGGAAUUUGCUAGCUGGGAGAAAGAAGGAAGUGGAAGGGAUGGGACCCCCUUUCCACUUGCCUUGCACGCAAACCUCUCUCCACCUAAUGAGCUGUAAUGCUGGAAGCCAAGGCGUCCUCAGGAUGGGGAAGCUGGGCCAGGGCUAAUUCUUUGUCAGCAGAUUCUCAGGAGCUAUGGAAAUGAAGCAGCUUGGUGUACAGCAGAUAAUCAAGAGAGGCCCAGUGGGUGGAAGGAGUGGAGUAUUUCUCCAGUCAUUUAAUAUCGAUCACAGUGGGGUUCUGGGCGUCCAGCCUGGGAGUGUGUGUGCAUGUGUGAACAUACAUGCCUGCAAAAGAUGGUGAAACUUGGAUUAAUUUUGCCACUCUUGACAGUGUAGUGCCAGGUAUACUGCACAUGGAGGCUGACUCUCCAGGGGAAUGUUUGGAGAUGAAGCAAUGCAGAGUUAUCUCUAUGUGAGGUACUGUAGGGGUUGAGGAUGUCUCUUGAACUACAGGAAAGCUUUAAAUAGGUGCAGAGACAAAAGCCUGGAAAAAUAGAGAGGAUCUGCUUCUUUUCUUUGUAAUUUAUUGCUCUUGAGACUUCCAGAGUGCCUGCCCCUGGCACUCCCAGCCUGUGCCCCAUACACGAUCUUCUUAAGCCUGGGACUAAGUAUUUUUCAUUUUUUCGCUCCUGCAUCUGGCAUAUAUCUUAAUUUGUUUUUAAGCAGAAUGAUCAUAGCCAUUAUCUCUUCUGCAAAAAAUGGUCUACAUCUUGAAAGUUUACAGCUAUUAUUUCAUAGAAUUAGUAUAUGUGCUGGUGAAGUGAGCACUAUUAUUUCAUAUAGUUAGAAGGUACCUCAUUUACACAUGAGAAAACUAAGGGCCCAAGAAAUAAAGUCAUAUUCCUAACUCAGGUUGGAUCUUGGACUGAAUGUUUGGUCCUGCCAUGUUUGUUUCCACUGAUGGCACUGCCAUCAGGGCCACCCUCAUUGUGGAUAAGUGACCACCUACUGGACUGCUCUGGAGUUUAGGGCUGUUUCUACCUCCACCGCACAAUCUCCUUUACCACUUGAGAUUUUCCCUUCUCUUGGGUGGAAUUUGAAAGGUCCAUUUGGAUAUGUAUUCAUGGAUUCAUAAUCAUUUGUCCUUGACAAAUGGAAGGCUUUUGACAUCCCAAAAGGAAGGAGAGAAGAAGGAGAAAAUGGAUUACCUGUCCUUGUUUCCCUUUUUAAUGUUCUGCCUCUUGUAAGUUCUUCUUCAUGUCUAACUAAAAUGAAAAUUUGCCAUACUCUGCAGUUUAUUGGCAAAGGGAAAGAACUGCCAUUCUGUGUGCAGACUUAAUUCAUAGGAUUUCAGAGCUCUCGAUGAGCAGGGGAAGCCCCUGAGCCUUCCUUCGUUCCUACUCCCUUGUGCUAUCUUUACAGGGCAUAGGAGAAGUAAUUUAACUUGCAGCUUAAGCAAAGGCUGUGGGAGGCCCCUGAGCUCAGCUUGAAGUGAAAGGGGAUAUUUUUGCCUUCUAGAGGAAGAAAGCUCAUUUUCCCAAAGCACCCCUACCCCCUCCUCCUUCUGUGCAGAUGAGCUUAAUUUUCUUCCCCUCCUACUGAAGGUGGAUCAAAGCCAAGCUAUGUAUUCAAGGGGGAGCUAGGCAGGGAAGCUGAGUGAGGGGGCGAGGGGGCAGAAGCAAAGCUUCUCUCAUGGAGAGGAAGUAAUUAAUUUUAAGAGAGAGCUAAGAUAGGGAAGCCCUCGGUGAUAGAAUGUCAAACUCCAAAUGCAGGUGGUUAAAAAUUAAGUCAGGGCUGGAGAGUUUCUAUUAUUCAUUCAACAAAUAUUUAUCGAGCACCUGUUAUGUAUGGGCAGGAACCUCAAGCCAGCAUCAGGAGAGGGCCCAAGAAACUGGAUUAGGGACAGGGAAAGGAUGUGAUCUGAAAACCGAGGCCUCCUGUCACCAGGAUAAAUCAUUUGCAAAAGUGCCACGAAAUAGCUGAAUAUAUUGACCUUCUGGAUUUAAGAUUAAGCUGUUUAAAUAUCAGCAGCGGUUGACCCCAGUUACAUCCUACCAACUUGUCUCAUUAUGGGUUAAAUAAUAAUGUUGUCCAUUUUCUUUUCCAUUCACUGAUCACAUUAUUCCCCAAUCAAGUUCUUGCUCGAUCCAAAAAAUUAGAUUAGCCCCUUCCUUUCAGUGUCUGUUGUGACAUCACAGAAUUGCCAUAGCAACAGACUGUGAUGUCAACAGACUGCCUGGUGCUGCUAAAAAGAACCACGUUGGUCAAAAAAGGAAUCUGUCAUGUGAAGACAAAAUGGAAUAAUAUAGAAAGCCAGAGGAACUGAAACGUGAUAUCAAAAAGAACAUCUUGGCAGGAUAAGAUAACAGUGGGUCUGGAGCCUCCUUUGCUAGAACUCUUUACAGAAAACCAAGGAACUUAAUGAGGAUUGAUUGGAGAACAGGCUUGCCUAGAAGCAGAGGGAUGGCAGCGAUGACCUUCGGAAGGCCCUUGCAGUCCAAGGAUCCUAAGACAUGAAGGACAUUAGGAAAGGGGGGAGCGCUGACCAUCUUUAGCCGCUGAAGAAUUCAGGGGAAUUAACAUCGAUACAAACCUCCUUGCUUCUGAGCAGAUCUGACAGUCCCCAGCUGGAAUGUAUCAUCUCGUGUCUGGGAAGAUUUUCAGCCAUAAACACACAGUGACCCCCUCUCAAGCCCCAUUUGCUGCCCUCUUCCUUGCAAGCCUUGAGAGGAAGCUCUCCUUUAGUAUUGCCUGAGCAGCCCCAUCCUAGCCACCAGCUCUGGUUCCACAACAUCCACGCCCAUCUGGUCGACUUGCUUCUCAUCGGUAGGACCGCCACACAGGGAGGGAAAGCAACCCCGUGCUGUCUGAGGGGAGCAAGUCGGAGGGACAGGGGCAGAGGACCUUCAUUCAUUAUGCUCCUGUCCACACAGAAGAAGGCUGGGCAGGCUGACAGAAGAGAAAGGAGACCUGCUCAAUCAAUCUCAGCUUCUCAGCAGCGGCAGCAAUAACAGCAGAUGAAUCUGGAGCUUCAUUUAACCCUUAUGCCCACAGGAUCUGAAGGAUCUCUGAGAAGCAAGUUGAUUUUCAGCUCAGGAGCCUGUAUUGUGGGUUGAGAACUGGGGAGGCAGGAGGACUGUCUCCCUACAGGUCGGGCUGGCAUGAGUUUCAGCCGUGCAGAUGGGAAUGCAGCCCCAGACUCCUUCACCCAUCCAGCUACUCUGCGUCUUUAGCUCACUGAGGUCGGACUACCUGGGAGUGCUAUACCUGCUCCGUGUAUGCCUGUCUCUCCAUUUCAGCAUUUUCUCCUUGGGGUGCUGAAUGGGGAGGAUAUCAUCCCCUCCUUGUUUAUUCUGCCUCCAGUCCUCUGACCAGUAGCAUUCUGGCCGAAUACCAGGAAGCCACAGGCCUACUAGGGCACCUAGGCGACCCCUACCACCACCCAAGGAGAGUGCCCUCCUGGUUCUCCAGAGCCAGAGCCAGGAGGAGGGGGAACUGCUAGAGACUCUGCCACCGAUCACUCUGCAUCUCUGCCACAGCCUUACGAGUUGGACCAGAGGACUUACUUCUCAGAGGCAUGGUAGGAUCAGGGUGGCCGGCGGGUCCUCUGAGGCUGCCAAACUGGGGACCGAGCUGCCAAAAAGAUGUUGAAGUUUCGGGCUGAUCGACGGGUCAGCCACAAUGAAAGACGGAACACAUUUCUACACCCAGUGACUGGCCAGGUCCCAGAGGAAAACAAAAAAUUUGACUUGAAAAUAUCGGCCUUGGACAUGUCCAAUAAAACAGGUGGGAAACGCCCGGCUACCACCAACAGUGACAUACCCAACCACAACAUGGUGUCCGAGGUCCCUCCAGAGCGGCCCAGCGUCCGGGCAACUCGCACAGCCCGCAAAGCCGUCGCCUUUGGCAAGCGCUCACACUCCAUGAAGCGGAACCCCAAUGCACCUGUCACCAAGGCGGGCUGGCUCUUCAAACAGGCCAGCUCUGGGGUUAAGCAGUGGAACAAGCGCUGGUUCGUCCUGGUGGAUCGCUGCCUCUUCUACUAUAAAGAUGAGAAGGAAGAGAGUAUCCUGGGCAGCAUCCCCCUCCUGAGCUUCCGGGUAGCCUCAGUGCAGCCCUCAGACAACAUCAGCCGGAAACACACGUUUAAGGUGACUGUGUGCUGGGUGGAUGAGGCCGAGGCCAGCUCCACACGCUGCCUCUCCCCACAGGCUGAGCAUGCCGGGGUCCGCACCUACUUCUUCAGUGCCGAGAGCCCCGAGGAGCAAGAGGCCUGGAUCCAGGCCAUGGGGGAGGCUGCUCGAGUACAGAUCCCUCCAGCCCAGAAGUCAGUGCCCCAAGCUGUGCGGCACAGCCAUGAGAAGCCAGACUCGGAGAACAUCCCACCCAGCAAGCACCACCAGCAGCCACCCCACAACAGCCUCCCCAAGCCUGAGCCAGAGGCCAAGACUCGAGGGGAGGGUGAUGGCCGAGGCUGUGAGAAGGCAGAGAGAAGGCCUGAGAGGCCAGAAGUCAAGAAAGAGCCUCUGAUGAAAGCCAAUGGCCUCCCAGCUGGACCGGAGCCAGCCUCAGAGCCGGGCAGCCCUUACCCCGAGGGCCCAAGAGUGCCAGGGGGUGGGGAACAGCCUGCCCAGCCCAAUGGCUGGCAGUACCACUCCCCAAGCCGGCCAAGGAGCACAGCUUUCCCGUCUCAGGAUGGAGAGACUGGGGGACACCGGCGGAGUUUCCCACCACGCACCAACCCUGACAAAAUUGCCCAGCGCAAGAGCUCCAUGAACCAGCUUCAGCAGUGGGUGAAUCUGCGCCGGGGGGUACUCCCGCCUGAAGACCUUCGGAGUCCCUCUAGGUUCUACCCUGUGUCUCGCAGGGUCCCUGAGUACUAUGGCCCCUACUCCUCCCAGUACCCCGAUGAUUAUCAGUACUACCCACCAGGAGUGCGGCCGGAGAGCAUCUGUUCCAUGCCGGCCUAUGAUCGGAUCAGCCCGCCCUGGGCCCUGGAGGACAAGCGCCAUGCCUUCCGCAAUGGGGGUGGCUCUGCCUACCAGCUGCGAGAGUGGAAGGAGCCCGCCAGCUACGGGCGGCAGGAUGCCACCGUCUGGAUCCCAAGCCCCUCCCGGCAGCCAGUCUAUUAUGAUGAGCUGGAUGCCGCCUCUAGCUCCCUGCGCCGCCUGUCCCUGCAGCCCCGCUCCCACUCUGUGCCCCGCUCACCCAGCCAGGGCUCCUACAGCCGUGCCCGCAUUUACUCCCCUGUCCGCUCACCCAGUGCCCGUUUUGAGCGGCUGCCACCUCGCAGUGAGGACAUCUAUGCUGACCCUGCUGCCUAUGUGAUGAGGCGAUCCAUCAGCUCCCCCAAGUAUGAUUACCUGGGAGACAGGCGGCCAGUCCCUGCAGGACUGUUCCCCUACAACUACCCACCAUCCCCCACGGUCCACGAUAAGAUGGAUGAACUUUUAGAUCUUCAGUUGCAAAGAAACCUAGAGUAUUUGGAUCAGCAGAUGAGUGAGAGCGAGACUCUCAUCAGUAUGGUGAACCGCAUGGUGGAAAACUCCUCCCCCAGGUCCCAACUCUUCAUGCAAGUCCCUCCAUACCCAGAAGUGUUCCGGGACAGCCUCCACACCUACAAGUUAAACGAGCAAGACACAGAUAAGCUGCUGGGAAAAUUGUGUGAGCAGAACAAGGUGGUGAGGGAGCAGGACCGGCUGGUGCAGCAGCUCCGAGCUGAGAAGGAGAGCCUGGAAAGUGCCUUGAUGGGGACCCACCAGGAGCUGGAGAUGUUUGGAAGCCAGCCCGCCUACCCAGAAAAGCUGCGACACAAAAAGGAUUCACUGCAGAACCAGCUCAUCAACAUCCGCGUGGAGCUGUCUCAGGCGACCACGGCCCUGACGAACAGCACCAUAGAGUAUGAGCACCUCGAGUCUGAGGUCUCUGCCCUGCACGAUGACCUCUGGGAGCAGCUCAAUUUGGACACCCAGAAUGAGGUGCUGAACCGGCAAAUCCAAAAGGAGAUCUGGAGGAUCCAGGACGUGAUGGAGGGGCUGAGGAAGAACAACCCCUCCCGGGGCACGGACACCGCCAAGCACAGAGGAGGACUUGGCCCCUCAGCCACCUACAGCUCCAACAGCCCGGCCAGCCCCCUCAGCUCUGCCAGCCUCACCAGCCCCCUGAGCCCCUUUUCACUGGUGUCGGGCUCUCAGGGGUCCCCCACCAAGCCUGGCUCCAAUGAGGAACCUGGCCCGCCUCGGCCUCCCCUCCCCAAAGCCUACGUCCCCCUGGAGUCUCCUCCAGCCGUCCCUCCACUCCCUAGCGAGAGCCGCUUCUGGCCCUACCCCAGCUCCCCUUCCUGGCACCGCAGUGGCGAGACAGCCAGGGGGCAGCCCAAGGCAAACUAUGAACAAAGCAAGAAAGACCCCCACCAGACAUUGCCCCUGGACACCCACAGAGACAUCAGCCUUGUGCCCACCAGGCAAGAGGUAGAGGCAGAGAAGCAGGCAGCUCUCAACAAAGUUGGCGUUGUGCCCCCUCGGACAAAAUCGCCCACUGAUGAUGAGGUGACCCCAUCAGCAGUGGUAAGAAGGAAUGCCAGUGGGCUCACCAAUGGACUCUCCUCCCAGCAGGAACGCCCCAAGAGUGCUGUGUUUCCUGGCGAGGGGAAGGUCAAGAUGAGCGUGGAGGAGCAGAUUGACCGGAUGCGGCGGCACCAGAGUGGCUCCAUGAAGGAGAAGCGGAGGAGCCUGCAGCUCCCGGCCAGCCCGGCCCCCGACCCCAGUCCCCGGCCAGCCUACAAAGUGGUGCGCCGCCACCGCAGCAUCCACGAGGUAGACAUCUCCAACCUGGAGGCAGCCCUGCGGGCAGAGGAGCCUGGCAGGCAUGCCUACGAGACACCCCGGGAGGAAAUUGCCCGGCUUCGCAAAAUGGAGCUAGAGCCCCAGCAUUAUGACGUGGACAUCAAUAAGGAGCUCUCCACUCCAGACAAAGUCCUCAUCCCUGAACGGUACAUUGACCUGGAGCCUGACACUCCCCUGAGCCCUGAGGAGUUGAAGGAGAAGCAGAAGAAGGUGGAGAGGAUCAAGACACUCAUUGCCAAAUCCAGUAUGCAGAACGUGGUGCCCAUCGGCGAGGGGGACUCUGUGGACGUGCCCCAGGACUCAGAGAGCCAGCUGCAGGAGCAGGAGAAGCGGAUUGAAAUCUCCUGCGCCCUGGCGACCGAGGCCUCCCGCAGGGGCCGCAUGCUGUCUGUGCAAUGUGCCACCCCAAGCCCUCCCACCUCCCCUGCUUCCCCGGCUCCUCCAGCAAACCCCCUGUCGUCUGAAUCCCCACGGGGCGCCGACAGCAGCCAUACCAUGCGGGUCUGAGCUCUGACUGCAAGCCCUGGCUGAGGCCAAUGCUGUGAAGCUCCACAGAGCCACAUUCUGAAGCUGUCCUCUGCCCACCUGAGGUCCUGGCUCCCCACCCUGGCCCCCUGCCCCUGCACUCCCAUGGGAAUGCCGCAGGGAGCCAGGCUGGGGCCACGGGCUGCUGCCGAGAGGACCGUGGAUACCUCAGUGUCCACACACCCACCAUGCCUAGCCCUGGAGCCAUCACUACUCGCACCGUGGCCCUGGGCCAGGGCCUGAGAUGACAGUGGGGAGCACCAUCCUCAUUAAUGUCCAAGUCACAGGGAGCCUCAGCCUUGCCCUGGCUGGGGUUGUGGUGACUCCAGUGGAACAUUCCCUGAUGGGGGACAUGCCGUGGUGGAGAACACACCUGUGGCUAUCUUAUGUGAGGACUAGAGGUGAAGAGGAGAUGGACACUGCCUCUGGAGCCAGCCUGACACCAAGGACAGCACUUGUCAUCAUCCCUAUCCUCGUCAGCCCCACCCUGCUGCCUCAGCUGGACCCAGGGCUUUGACACAAACCCAGUGCUUUGCUCAUGGGUGCUCGCUGGGGUCCAGUGGAGACUGACCACCCUGCUUGAGCCAAAGACAAGGUGAUGAGAGAUGGGGAGAGGCCAUUGGCUCCCAGAGGGAACAGUGCUGGCUGUGGCUAGAGAACAGCAGGUCUGUGCAGUGUCUGAGGGCAGGUUGGGAAGGGUAGCAGAGAGAGAGAGAGAGAAAGAGAGAGAGAGAGAGAUCCUCAGAGUGGAAGGAGGGGGAAGCAGCAGGACACAUUGGCAAGUCAAGCAGGAAGGAGGGAGAUGGAAAGGGGAUAUCAGAUUGGUUUACCCCAGUGGAGCCUUAGGUUAGUGCCCAGUGCAGUGCCAGACUGUCUCCUCUGCUCCUCCCACCUCAUCCCUAGGAGGACCCACCAGUGGAGCACAUGCAGCCUCAGUGGAGAUGCUUGGUGUGGGGAUCUGGGUGAAGGGGGUUGAGUAGCGACUGCCUGGGAGAUGGCUGUUAGUAGGUCUGCGCCUGGUGUCUGCCUCCCCAUCCUGGGGUAAGGGGCAGAGAGAAGGACUUGUCUUAUGUAGGAUGUGGUCAGCCUUGGGGCCUUACCUACCCAGUUCCAUGAUAUUUCUUGCCCUGUUCCCCCUGGAAUGUGCAGUGGGCCAGCUGAGAGUACGCCUUGAGGAGGGGGGAUGAGGCCUUAAUCUGGGAGGCCUAUCCCCCUAUCCCAGGCAUCCCAGACGAGGACUGGCUGAGGCUAGGCGCUCUCAUGAUCCACCUGCCCUGGGAGGGCAGUGGGGGAGACAGAGAAAAGCAAACGCAUUCCUCCUCAGCUCCACCCACCUGGAGACGAAUGUAGCCAGAGAGGAGGAAGGAGGGAAGCUGAAGCUGAAGACACCGUGGCCCCUCGGCCUUCUCUCUGCUAGAGUUGCCGCUCAGAGGCUUCAGCCUGACUUCCAGCGGUCCCAAGAACACCUACUAAUUCCUCUCCACUCCUUCAUGGCUGGGACAGUUACUGGUUCAUAUGCAAGUAAAGAUGACAGUUUAGUCAACAAAUAUUUAUCGAGCACCUUUUAUGUACCAGGCACUGUUCUAGGUGCUUAGGAUAUUCUCAUGUUUCUGAGGGAUUACAGCCUGGGAGGAUUCCACCGAUCUUCACUUCUAGCAGGUUUUUUAAACGUGACCCUUGGCUGUAUUUCCCAUCUUCACAGUUCAAGCACCCCAAACCUGCCCUUUCUCCCCUGCAGACUGGCAGGUGGGAUUGGCUCCCAGGUCAUCUCCUCUCUCUCUUUCUCCCAAGCCUUUCUCCCUCCACAGGAAACAGAUUUUUCAGGGCCUUCCAUGCCUGCCACUUUGUCCGUCUCUUUUUUUUUUUUUUUAAGUAAUAUUUUUUAGAAAUACAUGUAAAAUACCAAGAAAUAAUGUCUGCGCCUCUGCCACCUCUCUCUCACCUCUUAUUUCAUAAAGCUGGCUCUUUAUGUUGCUUUACAUGCCUUAAUAUAUGUUUUAUGGAGAUUAUACAUAUUAUAGAUCUAUAUAUGUAAUAUAUUUGUUUGGAUGUCUGAUCUUUUCCUACAGUUCCUGCCCAGGCCUGUUUUUCUCUCCCUUAUUUUCCACAUCAUUCCUAGCAUAUCAAGGCCAUACCCCUUGCCUUUUUGAUCCAAAGAAGGGGAGAGGAAAGACUUAUUUUAAGACAUCUAUUUUAUGCUUUUGUUUAAAAAAAGCAAAUCUAUUUUCAAAUUGUGCAAUGCCUGAAUGGAAUUGGCAAAUGAGGUGAGGAGAUGGGGUAACUGCCUUUAGGUCCCAACCCUGUGCCCUUCCCUCUGCCACAGUGGCUUCCUUCCAUCCUAUUCCCCAGUCACGAAAGGGCUGGUCCCCAGAGCUCACCCAGAAAGCAUCUUGCCAGGGGCAGGGCAUUCCCUCGGAAGUCCUGGCCUAAGGAUUUUAUUACACUGUCUGCUCCUGAUGACCCUCUGCAGUUGUCAGGCAUGAAUCCUCUGUAAGGAACUGUUUGCAGUUGUAUGCACAAAGGAGACCCAUGCAGGCAUGCACCCCAGAUGGGCUGCUAGACUACCCCUCUUCAUCAGCCUGCUGGAAAGAGCAGACAGCAUAACGGCAGCCUAUGCCAAACAGCACUAAGGAUGUCAGUCUAUGAGAUGGUGCGAAGCCCAGAGGAGGCGGCUUGGGAUCCUCUGGGCCAUCCCUGGCCCUUUAGCACAGACACAUACAAGUUCCUUGGGCUUGUCACACUCCUUUUCACUUGAUCCCUCUCUGGCCUGGGUCACAUUUAUGACAUCCCCCCUCUGCAACCUUUCUCUCUGGGGGCUGUACCAAAGGCAUGGUACCUCAGUCUGGUAUCCAGACUGUGAAAUCAGCCUCUGGGCCGAGGAGGGUCCUACAGACAAGGUGGCAUCUCAACCUCACCCAAGAAACCCCCAGGACUUUACCCCAGCAGGCUGCCACUGGGGCACCGAACUAAGCCAGCUCAGCCUUCCAAACUGCUUAGCCUUUGUCAACCAUCAAAGUGGGCAAAGGGUCUCUGGCCUUGCAAGGAUUUGGGCAGGAUGGAAGUCUUUGUCUAGGUCUGAAAUCAAGGGCUUGGGAAUCUAGAGCAGAGCUCCUGGCCAGCGUUUGAAGCCUGGCCUCCCACCUGGGGCAUUUACUGACACCCUGUCGCCAGCCUAGAACAUCCUGCUCUGAAUGAACAGAGCCCAGAUGGGGGUCCAGAGCUAAGUGACCCACCUGGGGAAGCUCUGGUUAUUCAUCCAGGGCCUUCUCAAUGAGCACAUUACCUCCAUGAUCAAUAACCAAGAGGCUGCAGUCAAAUACUGCUACUGUCACUUUGAAGAUUUUCUAAGGGCACAAGUGGCACACUUGCUCUCCGGCCUUGGGGAGAGGCAUGUUCUUGGGCAGCGCUGGCUAUGGCAAGCUUUCCCCUUUAGGCACCCUCUACCUGGCAGCUCUUAAAACUAAGAAAAAAUAUUAUAUACACACACAUUAUAUAUAUAUAUAUAUAUAUACACACACACACACACACACACACAUAUCUAUUUAUGCACAUAUUGGGGCCAAUUUGAUUUGCUAGUAUUAGACAAUAAACUGUACAAGGAAAUUUAUUAUCUCAGUGUCUUUAUUUAGUAUAAAAGUGGCCUUAGAAGAAGGGUGAAGGUUAGAUAGAUGGAAUCUCUGUCAGGGGACAAACAGCUGUAGCAUCCCCUUAGCAUCUUUCUAGCCAAUGAGCCCCCUCCCCAGGAGGAGGGGAUGGCCUGACUGAAACAGGUGAGAGUUUGCUUCCCCCUUUCAGCAGCAUUCUUUUUAGAUUUAGGUACUGAAGAAUCCCAGUGAGUUCUGCAUUUGUAUCUUGCAAGUUUGUAUAAACCCAAUACAGGAAAUAAAAUGAAUGGUUUGUA